CUUAUCUUAUCUGGCAACAGUGCAUUGUUUAUAUUUAUUGUUUACAAUUUGCAAACAAUAUUUUCUUUUUAAUUAAAUUAAAGUUUUUUAAGAAAUAAUACUUUUACUUUUUAAGAUCUUCAGUUUAAACACAUGGAUGGUAUAGUCGCUUUAGGCCACUUCUGUGAAACUCAUGGCCCUUGUAUUAUACUAAGUACUCAAAGGUCUCAGGACGGCCCUCCAAAACAGCAAAUCCACAACCAUACAAUACCCAUAUGUGACUCUUGCAUGUCGGUAGAUGCAACACAAGUCUUAGUAAGCAAAGAUGAGAAUGCCUCUUAUGUUACCACUCGUUUGCCUUUGCAGCAGGAGUUGGCCUUUCUUUUGAAGCAGGCAGUAGUUAGAACUUUAAGUUGUGAGGAAACUAACCAAGAAGGGGGUAUAAUGUAUUUUGGAGAUAAUGAACGAGGCCAUGUUAUAAGUCAUUGCUUCACAAUACAAGAUUCCCUAGCAAGAGGCUUUCAAAGAAAAUACUGUAUCUUGGUGCUUACAAGAGAUAAGAUCCACUUACUUAACUGUUGGCCAUUUAUAACAAAACAUUUAAAGCAGAUUUCUACAGACCUGCAAGAAAAGUCUGUGAAAAUAAACAAUGCUGAGCAAACCCACAGGCCACAAAGGGCCGUACGGCAAGCUCAAGGUUCUCCCAUAUCUACUGGAAGGUCUCUUGGCCAAUUAACAGGUGAGCCAGCAGUCUUUGCUCAUAUUCAUUUAUGGUUUACAUGGAUUCUUAGUGCAGAGACUGUGGUUGAGAAACCUUGCAAAAUACCAGAACUUCCCGUAGAUCAUUUAAAACUAAAUCUACGAAAAGUUUAUAAAACUCUUCCUCAAGUAUGA